AAACUAGUCUCAGGUGAGAAAUAAGUCUCGAGCGGCCUGUGCUGCGCACGCGCGAGCUCUUGGCGCCCUCCCGCGAGAGGAAAGUACUCUCUCGGUUCCGGAGUGGACACCGCCGGUUGCGGGAGAGAACUCCUGCUGCUGCCGCACCAUGGCGUCCGUGGGGACCCUCGCCUUCGACGAAUAUGGCCGCCCUUUUCUCAUCAUCAAAGAUCAAGACCGCAAGUCUCGUCUUAUGGGACUCGAGGCCCUCAAGUCUCACAUAAUGGCAGCAAAGGCCGUAGCGAAUACAAUGAAAACAUCACUUGGACCAAAUGGGCUUGAUAAGAUGAUGGUGGAUAAGGAUGGCGACGUGACUGUGACCAAUGACGGUGCCACCAUUUUAAGCAUGAUGGACGUGGACCAUCAGAUCGCCAAGCUCAUGGUUGAACUGUCCAAAUCACAGGAUGACGAGAUCGGGGAUGGAACCACAGGAGUGGUCGUCCUGGCCGGUGCCCUGUUGGAAGAAGCUGAGCAGCUGCUGGACCGAGGCAUUCACCCGAUCCGGAUUGCAGACGGCUACGAGCAGGCUGCCCGCAUCGCCAUCGAGCACCUGGACAAGAUCAGCGAUAGUGUCCUCGUGGACAUGAAGGACACCGAGCCCCUCAUCCAGACCGCCAAGACCACCCUGGGCUCCAAAGUGGUUAACAGCUGUCACCGACAAAUGGCCGAGAUUGCCGUGAAUGCCGUCCUCACCGUGGCCGACAUGCAGCGCAGAGACGUUGACUUUGAGCUCAUCAAAGUAGAAGGCAAGGUGGGCGGGAGGCUGGAGGACACCAAGCUGAUCAAGGGCGUGAUCGUCGACAAGGACUUCAGUCACCCCCAGAUGCCAAAAGUGAGUCCGGGUCCUCCGCAGCUCCGGGCCCUCCCGCCCCUGCCCGCCAGCUCACGCGUCUGUCUUUCUCCACAGCAAGUGGAAGAUGCAAAGAUUGCGAUUCUCACGUGUCCAUUUGAACCGCCGAAACCAAAGACAAAGCAUAAGCUGGAUGUGACCUCAGUAGAAGAUUACAAAGCCCUUCAGAAAUACGAAAAGGAGAAGUUUGAGGAGAUGAUUCGGCAGAUUAAGGAAACUGGCGCUAACCUAGCUAUCUGCCAAUGGGGAUUUGACGAUGAAGCAAAUCAUUUACUUCUUCAGAAUAACUUGCCUGCGGUUCGUUGGGUUGGAGGCCCUGAAAUCGAGUUGAUCGCCAUCGCCACCGGGGGGCGCAUCGUGCCGCGGUUCUCGGAGCUCACGCCGGAGAAGCUGGGCUUCGCGGGGCUGGUGAAGGAGAUCUCGUUCGGGACGACCAAGGACAAGAUGCUGGUCAUCGAGCAGUGUAAGAACUCCAGAGCCGUCACCAUCUUCAUCAGAGGAGGAAACAAGAUGAUCAUCGAGGAGGCCAAGCGAUCCCUUCAUGACGCUCUGUGUGUCAUCCGGAACCUCAUCCGCGACAACCGCGUGGUCUACGGCGGCGGCGCUGCUGAGAUCGCCUGCGCCCUGGCGGUCAGCCAGGAGGCAGACAAGUGCCCGACCUUGGAGCAGUACGCCAUGCGGGCCUUCGCCGACGCGCUGGAGGUCAUCCCCAUGGCCCUGGCCGAGAACAGCGGCAUGAACCCCAUCCAGACGAUGACCGAGGUCCGGGCCAGACAGGUGAAGGAGAUGAACCCGGCCCUCGGGAUUGACUGUCUGCACAAGGGCACGAAUGAUAUGAAGCAACAACAUGUCAUAGAAACCUUGAUUGGCAAAAAGCAACAGAUCUCCCUCGCGACACAGAUGGUGAGAAUGAUUCUGAAGAUUGAUGACAUCCGUAAGCCUGGAGAAUCUGAGGAAUAGAGCAGAUUUAGAGUUACACGUAGGCCUGAGAUCCACUACUGUGAUUAAAUAAAUGGGUGUUUUCUGAUACAUCUACAGUUAUUUAUUGUUACGUCCUUUUUCAGACAGUGUAGAAGCUAUAGAACAGCUGUUUGGUAACCGUAGUUUCACUUGUUCAGACAUAAAAUUGUAGAGAUACGGUCUCAGCAGGUUUUUGUAUCCAUUAUAUUAAAGCUAACUCUUUAAACAACUUUUAUUUCUGCUCUUAAAAUUUAAGAAACGUUGACUGUAACAUUCAUCCAAUGCCUUAAAUGAAUGCGUUUGCGUUCUUGUGUUUUUGUUUUUUUAAAUGAGCUGAGGAACUUUUUAACAGUUUUAAAUGUUGAGUUUGUUCUCUAGAUUUACUUUAACAUUGAGAGGAAGGUGGGCUUGGUCCUAUUAAAUGUAUUUAACUGCUG